GUCAAUAAUUGACGAAAAAAACCCGCAGUUGGAUCAAUAUUACCAAAUCAGUUUUUCAGGGGCGUUAUCUCUGGCUCUAAAGUCUAUUUUUUUUUUUUUCUAAGUCAUGCCACGUUUGAGAUUACGCCUGUGAUGGGCUGAGCCAUCAUCCUCCUCUCGCUCACACUCUGCUGCCGCUCAGACUGUGCCGCUCAGACACAGAGGCUGGUCGAAAAGUUACCAAAGUUGCCUUGCCUUCUUUUAUUUGUUUAUUUAUUUGACAUUGUCAUCGCGAACACCUCAUUCUGCUGUUCACCGGGCCCGCCGCAGCAUGCUGGACUGACGGCCUGUAGGAAUGGCAUCGGCUGUGUUUGAAGGGACGUCCCUGGUCAACAUGUUCGUCCGGGACUGCUGGGUUAACGGGAUCCGGAGACUUAUUAUCAGUCAGAGCGGAGAGGAAGAGGAGUUUUUCGAGAUCAGGACCGAGUGGUCUGACAGGAACAUUUUAUACUUGCAUCGCAGUUACUCUGAUCUCGGGCGGCUGUUUAGGAGACUGGUGGAGUCUUUUCCGGAGGACAGACGAGAUCUGUCCAAAUCUCCACUGAUAGAAGGGCUGGUGAAAAUCAAAGAAGCGACCGACAUCGAGGAGAAAUUAAACGAAGUGGAAAGGCUACUGAAGAAUGCAAUCAACAUGCCAUGCAAGUAUUCCAGAUCAGAGGUGAUGCUGACUUUCUUUGAGCGGUCGCCCCUGGAUCAGGUGCUAAGGAACGACAAAGUCCACAGAAUCCAGCCAUGCUUUGACAGUCCAAUCAAGAUAUCAGAAAUCAUGCGGUCCAAUGGAUUUUGUCUGGCCAACACAGAAACCAUCGUGUUCGAUCACAGUAUCCCCGAAGAAAAAGAGAGACCUUCAUCGACCGACUCUGUAGAACAUACGUAUGAAGAUGGAACAGAGUUUUUGCCAUUGGAAACAGAUGUGUGUGAUGAAGAAACAGAAGCAUAUGUCACCAACCUCUCCUACUACCAUCUGGUCCCAUUUGAAACAGACAUCCUGGAAUGAGCAUUGAUCUACCAGAUGCUUGUCGAUGAUGGCUUGUCACGCUGUAAUAUGUAGUCCUCAGUGGAACUCAACUAUGCAAUGCUGCACACCACGUAGCUGCUGCUUAUUCCAGCGACUUUAAGAACUUUUUAAAUAAGCAUUGGUCAUUUUGGAGUUGGCUGGGUGUACAGUUUGCACAGUAGUAUUAGAGGAGCGCUACAGCAGCACGCCUUUGUUUUCAUCCACUUUAUGUGACAUCACCGAUGUGCCUCAUCCAGAGCCUUACUUUUUUUUCCCACUUCAAAAGGCUUUCAGAUGAUGUACCUGAGGCAGCCACACAGUAUAGAUCCUCAGUGACACUUUUAACGUGCUAUUUGGCAACUUAAAAGAACUAAAAUCUGUAGGUUGGGGUGUGAUUGUAGUGGCGACUACGCAACAGUGGAAAUUAGGAAGCAAAAGUAAUUUAUGGAAACAUUCAUGAUUUUCUCUCAUGGACCUAAGAGAUGGAUCUUUAAGGUUUAUCGUGUUCUCUGAUUCCUGAAGUGAUGCCACUUAGGAAAAAAGACAAAAACAAAAAACAGUUAAGGAGAUUUUUAUAGGAUUUUUUUUUUUGUGUGGUGCAGUUUCCACCUGCAUUAAGUUUUUGUAAAAGCUUAAAACUCACAGGAAAACUCUGAUUUUGUUGCUGUGUCGUGCAGCAGGAUCUUUGGUAUGACAGUACACUGAAAGCUGAAUGAAACUAGAAAACAUGGGCUCUGAUGAUAGACACUUGUGGAAUUUAGCUAGUCUUGGAGAUGUUACCUGUGACAAAUUGUUGCAAUUGCUAAAUUAAAGGCACUGAAGUGUGCGCAGUGCUUUUUGAGUCCUAUUUGACCAGUCAAAGCAAACACCAGUCCACAAACUGGGGGGCAAGGUUUUCAAUUUUGCAUCUGUCCCAGGACUGAACCACAGAGGUUUUGAUUAUGAUGGUGAAUUGAGCAAGAAUUAUGUUAUCUUAUCCUCCAGCAGCAUAAACAUCAGCAGGAGAUUCCUUUUCAUGUUUCAGUUGGGCCUUGGACUGCUGUCAGUUAAAAUAAUAUAAAGAAAAUACAAAGUUUGGUUGUUAUGUUGUUGCUUUGUGUUCAGAUAAAUGCUGCAGAGUUUGAUGUUGAUGAGACGUUUUUUGUAUUAGUUUUGUCUGAAUUAUGAAUUGUGAUGUUAGACAUGUAGCUUCAUAAAAAUGCUCAUUUUUUUUUGCCCAUAAAGGAAUAAUUUGGUGUCAAGAGUGAGUGUAGCCUGUGGAAAACAGAAUCAUGUCUCUGCUGUUGUUGUUUUCUGAUGAGUGAUAAAAUGGGGCAAAGAAAGCUUUGUUUAAAGGCUCCAUUGAGGUCACUUUUGUAAGAUGACAUGAGUGGGUUCAGUCAGACAGCUGAGUGUGGGAGUCUACAGAACAAGUCCUCUCUUUAUGUAAAGAAGACAAACAACUUUGCUGUACUACAA